GCUGCGGCUGGUGGAAAAAUCCCUGCAGCUGGCAAGGCGUGUGCGCCAGCGGGAGUGCCCGGCGGAGGAGGCGGGGUGCCCAAGCGGUUCUGGGAAGCGCGAGCAAGACGGGGCGAAGGAAAGGGGGAGCGGCGGAGGGAGGCGAGGGUACCCGAUGGGGCCAGCAGCGCGGUCUAGCUGAGCGGUGUGGGCCGACGUCAGGCCCAGCUGCAGCGUCGGACUCCUCCUCCCCCUUGCUGGGGGGCCGCGGCCGGGCCCGGCCGGGGGCAGGGCUCGGACAGAGGCGGACCCCUGCGGCGCACGGGGGUGUCUCUCUUACCUCUUGGCAGAAACAGAUUAUUCCAGUUUGCUGUGGAUUCCUCAUUGUUAUGUUGCAGCUGAUUAGUAUCUGCCUUUUUCAGCACAAAGCAUCCCUCUCUAACACUCCAGGCCUGAAGAAGGAGAAAAAAUAUAAGGAAAAAAAUAGUUGUUUUGUCGUUUCUUUAGUCUGGGAGCUGGGGUGUGUGUUCUAUAAUGUCUCUUACUGAACCGCCCUGGACUAUGAGAAGGGAAGCAAUGAAUGCUGUUUUUGUGGUCAGCAAAGUAAUCUCUGCUUGGAGUACAAUUUUAAGCAAUAUUAUGUAAUCAAAUCACCCUAAGUCAAACCUUAUAUGUGCUGCAGUGGCAGUUGCAACUUUAUUGCAGAUACUGCCCCAGACCUCGCCAGGAUUAUAGACUUUACAGUUCAGAGUUUUCCCUGUAGUUAAAAAUUAUUUUCUUAAUCAGUGAGAUGAGACUGAAAUAGGAAUGUUUUCAUUAAACCCAGCCUGGGUUUGAAGAAGCGGUUGGACAUUCUGAGUUUGUGGUGAAUUUCAGAGCCUCGCUACCAAGGGGAAUUCAUGAUAUGGCAGCAACCUAUCAGAUUGUAGUCACUACUGUGAACUGUUACAGCAGUGUUGUGAUAGACUGUCACUUUCAGCACACUGUGCAUUACUGCACUGGGACCUGUCAGGUGUUCAAGCAAGGAGUUGCAUGCAUAGUGGCCCACCACAGUAUUUGUGCAGAGCUACUUCGAGUCCCUGCAUCUAAUGUCAGAGGUGCAGAUCUAGACCAGAGACUUCCGACUCCUGAAAAUGGGCUAACUUUGGCUGGGAAUGAAGACUAUCAGCAGAUCUUCCCAAGUAAUCCAAGGCUCAAAAAGGGAUCUUCAGUGCAAACCACCUGCAGUCUAAAAGAUAUCACCGGGGAAGCUAUAAAUCUUGCCAGUGGUAAAAUAAAGGAAUUCUCCUUUGAAAGGCUCAAAAACUCUUCCAGCCAUGUGACCUACAGAAAAGGAAGGAAAGUGAGGUCAGAAUCGUUCAGCAGACGGUCGUUUGAUUUUGAUCUGAUUUAUGGACACUUCAACAAUGAUGAGAACUGCCCUCCCUUUGGCUUGCUGCAGACUCCCUCAGCUGGGGAGAAAUGGCAGGAGAGCUGCAAUUCCUCAGAGGGAAAUGUGAAUACUGCUACUUCCCUCUCCACCCAGGCCUUCUCUGAAGAGAGCUUUAUCACCCAGAUUUUGGAAAAGCACAAGCUGGACAGCUCUUCUGGUGGAGAUAUUAAAGUGUGUUUGGACAUUCUGCUCAAAUGCUCUGAGGACCUGAAAAAAUGUACAGAUAUCAUCAAGCACUGCAUCAAAAAGAAAUCUUCAGGUGAUAUCAGUGGGGGAAAUGAUGAUGACCCCCUGGCCAGCUCUGAGAUGAUCUAUAGGAAUUUGAUGACUAGGUUUUCUUCCUACCUGAAAAAGCUCCCCAUUGAACUAAAGCAGCCCAGUCACGUGGAAUUGGCAGAAUUGGUUACUAGUUUGCAUGGGUUGCAGCAGGCUCCCUUUUCCCCAAUAUUUGGCAAUGAGCAACCUCCUAGGUAUGAGGAUAUUGUGCAUUUGCCAUCCACCAUAACAAGACCCUCUCUUACUGUAGAACUGCAAGAUGGCCAGCAUGAGAUUGGCACAACUAGCACCCCAAAACCUAUCCAAACUAACAUUGGGGGCUUUACCUCAGAUGCCUUGCACAGCAGCACCCAGCAGAACAACUCAAGAACUGUGAAAAAUGCUUGUACUGUACCUCAGUUACUAACUGUAAGCCCUUCCAAUUGCGUGUCUUCCACAGAAACGCUAUACAUUGAAGAGGAGUCAGAUGGGGAGAUAGCACUAGGCAAGGGAAAGAGGGCAGAACAUAAAGGUAGCUGGGAGAGUUUAGAGAGCAGCCAACAGAAAACUGGAAGCCCAGAUCUUACUGUAGUCCUUAAAGAGGCACCUGCCAGAGUUCAUGCUGAAGCUGUUGCCGAGACCUCUGAGAAAAUCACCUUUAUAGAACCAGUCUCAGAUUCUCUUAUGAAUGAUUCCAGGCCUAGCACCUCUUCAGGAGAACAAAGAGAGUCAAGGAAAAACAACCAGGAUGAGAUAGAUAAGCUGCUGUUGGACUUGGAGCACUUUUCACAGAAAAUGGAGAGCGCGCUGAAGGAGCCCACCAUGAAGGAGAACGAUCCUGGAUUUCUGAAGGGCUUUGGCCAAGAGGGUGGGAAGGUCCUACCAUUUGCUCUUGAAACCAAAAAUAAAGUCUGUUUAUUCCCUGACAAAAACUCUACUUCCCCUUUGUCAAAGACCGUGGAAACCAAUGGCCACAAAAUGGAGGAAGACGACAAAGCCCUUCUACUGCGUAUCCUGGAAAGUAUUGAGGAUUUUGCCCAGGAACUGGUGGAAUGCCACAUGGGCAAAGGAAGUUUAUCCAAAGAGAAGGAAAUGAUGCAAAUUCUUCAGGAAACCUUGACCACUCCCUCACAGUCCUUCCCAGCUGUACAGAGAAGUUGUAUGGGUGGUAUUACCAAAGACACUGUCCCCACAUUGAUUCAGCAAGCCCCAGAGGUGAUCAAGGUUCAAAAUAAACAAGAGAAGAAGCCUGGGACUCCAUCCCCAGCCCCUUUGAAGUCAGCAGUCAGCCCUCGACCUCUUGUGACUGUGAAUAAAGUCCUUAUCAGUGCCCCUGUAUCCAUAAACAUUCCACGUUUCUACUUCCCCAAAGGGCUUCCAAGUGUCUGCAACAAUCAUGAGGAGACCAUUGCCAGGAUUGAAGCAUCCUUUACCGAGUUUGAAGAUGAGAGAGCCAACAUUUAUGAAAUGGGGAAAAUUGCCAAGGUAUGUGGCUGCCCUCUGUACUGGAAAGCCCCCAUGUUCAGUGCGGCAGGGGGAGAAAGGACGGGAUUUGUAUCUGUACAUUCGUUCGUAGCUAUGUGGAGACAAUUACUACAGAGCUGCCAUGAUGAUGCAGCCAAAUUUCUUUACCUUCUAGCAAAACCCAGCUGCAACUACCUAGAGCAGGAGGAUUUCAUCCCACUACUUCAGGAUGUGGUUGAAACGCAUCCUGGCCUGACAUUCUUGAAGGAUGCUCCAGAAUUCCAUUCCCGCUACAUUACUACGGUUAUACAGAGAAUAUUCUACAUGGUCAAUAGAUCCUGGUCUGGUAAAAUCACCCUAACGGAGAUGAGGAAAAGCAACUUUUUGCAAACUCUUGCCCUCUUGGAGGAAGAGGAUGACAUAAACCAAAUCACAGACUACUUCUCCUAUGAGCACUUCUAUGUCAUCUACUGUAAAUUCUGGGAGCUGGACACUGACCAUGACCUCUACAUCAGCCAGAAGGAUCUGGCUAGAUACAAUGAUCAAGCUUUAUCAACCAGGAUUAUUGAGAGGAUAUUCAGUGGAGCAGUGGUGAGAGGCAAUGAAGCGCAGAAAGAGGGACAGCUGAGCUAUGCAGAUUUUGUGUGGCUCCUCAUUGCUGAAGAAGACAAAAGGAGCCCCACAAGUAUCGAAUACUGGUUCCGCUGCCUGGAUUUGGACGGAGAUGGCAUACUGUCUAUGUAUGAACUGGAGUAUUUUUAUGAGGAACAAUGUGAGAGGAUGGAAGCGAUGGGCAUCGAGCCAUUACCAUUCCAUGACUUACUGUGCCAAAUGCUCGACCUGGUGAAGCCAGAUGGUGAUGGAAGGGUGAUGCUGCGAGACCUGAAGAGAUGCAGAAUGGCUCAUGUAUUCUACAACACCUUCUUUAACUUGGAAAAGUACCUGGACAAUGAACAGCGGGAUCCCUUUGCAAUACAGAAGGAUGUUGAAAAUGAUGGACCGGAGCCUUCAGAUUGGGACAGAUACGCUGCAGAGGAGUAUGAGCUUCUUGUUGCUGAAGAAUCUGGAAAUGAGCAGUUACAAGAAGGAUCAUUUGAAGAAGACUAUGAAACAGACGAACUUUUAACUCUCUCUGAAACUGCAGACAAGUCGGACAAACUAGUUAUCUCAGACCUUUCAUCCUAGAAAAAUGGAAGACAUGGAACUAAUAUCUGUCAAUAUUUAAGUGGCAAGUGGUCGAUAGACACUUAGGGGUUUUUUAAAAAAUCCUUCCUUGAAGCAAAGUGCUUUAUUUUAUACACUGUAAUUCAAGAUCCUUUUUUCUUCAUAUGUGUAACUGCAAGAAGGUAAUUUCUACAAAAAGUCUUUUUGCAAAUUGUUAUUGUGCAUGCUCAUUAAAUAUGGUGACUGCACUAUGUUUCCUUCUUGUCUUGCCAUACAAAUUCUAUAAAGUCUCCAUGUGCAAUAAUGGUCUAACAUCUAAUGCUUAAACAUAAUAAAAUUGCAUGCAACUUGCACAGUAGUCAUUACCAAAUUAAUUCAAGGCAGUAAUUCCUGUAUUAUUUAUUCUGUACCCUUUAACUUUACCAGGCUGACAAAUUAACUCCGUUUAAAUGAACAUCUAAAGAGUUCCCUCAAGCCUUGUCUACUAAGUUCUCUCUUUUUUAAAGUGUCAAGAUCUCCUGCUCAUUCUGGAAACAGAAAAUAUCCCCAAACACAACACACAAAUUAAGGUGCCCUCUUGUGCUUUACACUGUAAGGUCUUCAAACGCUGAUUUGUUAAGCAUACUUUACUCACUGUACAGGGCAAUGUACAGCUACAGUACCAUGGACAAAAAACCCCACAUUAAGACAGAAUUCAGGUUUAGCACCUUUGCACUCUC